CGUAUCCCAGCCUAAAUUCUGUAUAAAAGGUGGUGCAUCUUUGGGAAUUAGUAUCACAAGCUAUUCUUCCAUCUCUUAACAAUCAAAUACCAAUCAACUCCUCUCCGUCAACAUGCAAGCCGUCAUCCUCCUCGCCCUCGUCGCCGUUGCCUCCGCCGGUGUUUUGACCGCUGGACCAGUCCUCCACUCCGUCCCGGUCGUCCACGCUGCCCCCGUCGUGCACCACGCCGUCCCAGUCGCGUCCUCUUCUUCCUUCAACUACCGAGCCCCCGCUGCCAAGAUCGCUGUCCCAGUUGUCCACGCUGCCCCAGUCGUCCACCACGCCGCCGUCCCAGUCGUCCAUGCCACCCCCGUUUUGCGAACGGCCCACCAUGGCGUCCUCCUCCAUUAAAUUAAGUAAUUAUUAUGGAGAGAUGAUUUGAAGAAAUUUAAUUGGAUCAGAAUUUUAAAAUAAAUUAUUGAAUUGGA